CUGCUUUGACUUGCCCAGCCUACACGUCAAAUCAGUUUGAAUUUUUUGGCGGUAAAGUACGGAGGCAUGAUGCCGCGCUUUGGAGUUACAUGUUAUUAUGUUACUACUGUUCUUAUUUUCGGAGUCUUUGACAAAGCUCUAACAGCAGUGAUCCAAACACAGCAGACUGUGCUGGCAGGAAUGAGAGAAGAUGCCGAAGUCAGCUGUCAGCUCUUGGAGCCUAAAGACGUCGUUCAGGUCACAUGGCAGAAAACUUCAAAUAAUGUGGAGACAAAUGUUGCCACCUACAGCAAGGACUUUGGUCAGAGAGUGAAUGACGGCUUUACAGAUAAAUUUGAGUUUAAACAUACUGGACUACAGAACUGCUCCAUAGUCAUCAAGAAUUUGACGGAGGAGGAUGAAGGCUGCUAUCGCUGUCUGUUUAACACUUAUCCUGAAGGAGCCUUUAUCGGUAGAACCUGCCUCCAACUCUAUGAGCUGCAUGAACCUGUUGUUGAUGUCAGACAGUCAAACUCUACUGAAGAGUGGGUUGUUUCCUGUUCAGCCACUGGUCGACCUGCUCCCACUGUAACACUCAGUGUCUCACAACAAGACCUCAACUUCUCACAGUACAACACUGUCAGUGUGUCCAACACCAACGCUACAUUCACUGUCACCACUACAGCUGUGCUCUCAGGUUCACGUAACAACAGCACACAGGUGGGAUGUGCAGCACGAGUGCUCUCUGCUCCUCACAGAGAGGUGAUGGUGAUGAUUCCUGAUGAUGAUGAUGAUCUUGAUGAGAAAUCAGGAUCUAAUCCCAGGAAUUUAGGAAUCAGGAUUUCAGUGACUUUAUCCUCUGUGGUGUUGGUGCUCGGUGUUGCUGUUCUCAUCUUUGUCUGGCUUAGAAAGAAAUCUCAGAACAGUCUUUCACACAUGGCGAUUCAGUUGAAUGAAACACCUGAAACUGCAAACAGAGACACUGAGGAGACUGAUACACAAGAGUACAGGGAAGUCAGACAAGAGACUCCUGAGCGAACUCAACAAAAUUAUAACCAAGUGUUGCCAUCAGCACCAGCAAGAAGACUCAUUUUUGAUGAAAACUGAAACAAAGAGUUCAAUGACAGAAAGUAUCCCACAAGAUGGUGUAUAAGAAUUUCUUUUAUUUAUGUAUUAUUCACAUUAAUUAAUUGUAUACUGCCUUAGUGCCACUGGACUUUAGCAUGUUUCACAUUCAUGCAGUUAGACAGAUGGUGGGGGUCUGGUAAGGAAGUUGGGGGGAAGCAGACCACUCCACAGGAAAAGUCUUUUGUCUCUUAGGCUACGUCCACACUAAUGCGUUUUAGUUUGAAAAUUCAUCGUUUUUCUCGGUUUGGCCUCGCGUCCACACUGAGACUUUUGAAAACUCUCUCGAAAACGCAGAAUAUCUAAAACGAAGGACGCAUUUUAGUCAUGUGAUGCAGUCAUGUGACCAAUUAAACAAAGAUAGCAGAGUGCAUUAUACAGCAGUUGUUUUGAUUGCUCUCAAUUUUGACAGCCCUUAAAAAAGAUUCAUAUCAGUUUGUACAUGCUCCAGAUAGCUUUUCUUCAAAUUCUUAAUUAUCACUAGCUUUUACGCAUGCGCAGUGCUGGAACAUAAGCGUUUUCGGCUGUUUCAAUGUGGACGCACAACUCUGUGAAACGACUGAAAACGCUAGUGUGAUGAAAACGCCUUUUUCAAAUCUAUCCAGGCUAGUGUGGACGUAGCCUCAGAGAGACUCUGCUGACCGUCUCUCCACCAAGCUUAGUUUUCUGUUCUUUGUUUUGAUUAAAGAAUGUUAGCUACCGCUCACCGCUUGUCUGCAGGCUUUAUUUAAUGGAAAACUUCCACAACAACGGUAACAACAAAGUUCAAUCCUGAAGAAAAACGAAGGACUACACCAAAAGAAAUCAUCGUACUGGGGCUUAAUUAACUUUCUGUUUACCAUAAUGAAUUUUUUACACAACUGUACAGUGUCUGUGUAAUUAUGUAACAUACUGUAAAUAUGAAAAAUAUGUCUGUUUGUUUUCACUGUGCAUAUUUUCAUGUUGUUGUUCUGUUUAGUGUUCUAGGUUAGAGAAGUAAUCAAAUAUGUAAAAAUACAUAUAGCCUACUGUAUAUUUUUGUUUUGUUUUGGGCCAUCAUGUUACUUUAAAUAAAAAAAAUUGGGCGACAGUGUUGAUUUAUUUAAGUGUGUGAUUUAUUGAUUUAUUUUGGAAUCAUUAAAUAUAUAUCUAUAUUUAUUUAUUAUAAAUGUUUGGCACCUCUCUCUAAAAGGGAAUGCCAUAUUUUAAAAGGAAUUAUGCGUGUAACUGUAGAAAGAUAACAAAACAAAGGAUUGUGAAACAGUAGAAUAAAUAUAUAUGUGUUCAGCUUCAAUAUGU